ACCGGGAUGUAAAAUUCGGGAAGACAUGAAAAAGAACUGAGUAAAGCGCGCUACCUUUAUGUUUCAGAGACGAUUAACUACACGGAUGCCUUAAAAAACGGAACAAAAGUUUCCUAAAAUUGUGCUACGCGGACGAUGGAUUUAAAGGGGAAAUCGUAAAUUACCGAUACGUAUCAUCGGCGCAUCACCGAGGACUUUUUUUGCGAAAGCUCUCGGACGGAAUGGCUUCAGCAGACGGACACUUGAAAGUAUUUGCUUCGAUAAAGAGGGCACAGAAAACGGCCUUUGCGGUUCUGCUUGGACGGUUCUAGGGUGGCGAGAGCUGAUUGCGGUGGUCGCACCAAUUCUCUUGGUUCUAGAAAAGGAAAUAUUGGCUACCUGUCUGCUCCAUACCUGUAGAGCUGCGUAUGACGAGGAGUAUCCAGCCUUUUGCCCCAUGCUGGUUCCGAAGACACGUGAGCGCACCUCUGUUUCCUGACACCGGCGCGCUGCCCAAGGCGAACCGGUCAUUCGACGGACUGUGCGAUUUAAUGGUCAUCAUUGACCACUCAACGAUUGUUGGAAAGUAAAACUUUUGCUGGGGUGGGGGAUUCCUCUAAGCGACCGAAUCACUUCCCUUGCACCGAUCUGUGCGGGCCAUAAUGGUUCAGCUGGAGUUGUCUCUACUGGUUUUCAGCCUUAUGUCCUGGUUCUUCGUUUGUGCGGACGAUGCUGGCAAAGUGAUCUCUGACCGGUACGCCGUCUACUGGAACAGCACCAACCCCAGGUUCCUGCGAGGGGAGUACACGGUGGAUGUCAGCAUUAAUGACUACCUGGACAUUUACUGCCCGCACUAUGAAGAAGCCCUGCCUCCCGACAGAAUGGAGCACUACAUCCUUUUCAUGGUGAACUACGAUGGCUACAUGACCUGUGACCACCGAAUGAAGGGCUUCAAGCGCUGGGAGUGCAACAGGCCACAGAGCCCAAAUGGGCCCCUCAAGUUCUCGGAGAAGUUCCAGCUCUUCACGCCCUUCUCCCUGGGAUUUGAGUUCCGCCCGGGCCAUGAGUACUACUACAUCUCGUCGCCACAUCCCAGUAUUGUUGGGAAGCCAUGUCUGAAGCUGAAGGUCUACGUGAGACCCACAAACGACUCCGUCUACGAGUCCCCCGAGCCUUUCCUCACGGAUGACAACUUGGCCUCGUCGCCCGCGUCCCCGGCGCUGUCACUGCUCCUCUUCCUGCUCCUCCUGCUGCUGGCCACCUCAUAGCGUGGCCUCCGCGACCAGGGGACGCCUCCUCCGUGAACUGUCACCGCCCCCGAGCCGACCCAUGGAACGCGAUCCCGGUGUUCUUGAAUUUGAUUGGUUGUUUUGAGGUUUUUUGUUCUGAUUUUCUUUAAUGUCUUUAUUUUUUGUGGUGGACCAGACACACAAAGCCUGAGCGGCGUUGAUGCGAGGCGCCCCAGUCCCAGGAGGGACAGACGGACACGGACUGAGCGACUGACUGAGUGGACGGGCGCCUCGACGCAGCCGAGCCUUUCUUUCUUUCUUUCUUUCUUUUCCACUUGUACUUUUCCGUGUGCGGCGAGCCCCAGUGGAGGCGCCCUGGAGAGCCGGUGACACUCGUCAGUCCUGCUCCUCCGCCGCCGCCCUGCUCCGGUCGCACAGGACCACGACUCUGCCAAAGACCACUCGUCUACGCUGUUUACUUUGCGCGGCAGUCGGGGAGGCGGUGACGGAGCGGCGGGCCACAGGCUACUCUGGACUCCCAUCGGGAGGUGGGCGCACACAGCGGAGCUGGAGGGACACAACACGGUGGACAAAAGCACACACGAGAGACGGAGGUCACUGGACAAAAAGGCACCAAGAAGGAUCUGAAACUGUUGGGAAAAAAUAGGAGCAAAAAAAAAAAUACAACGGAAAUGACGACAAAAACAUCAGAUUGGCAAAAUUCAAAGCAGCAGAGAAACGGACACGUCCUGCAUAAAUGCGAAAGGUGGGAAAA